ACGAUAGAAGAGGAACCAAAUAUGAACCAAGAAAGUCAACUUUCGGAAGUAUUUACUUCAUCAUCGCAGCAAUACCCCUCAUCCAGUGCAUCUAUGCCAGAAUCAUCUCAGAUCAAACCGCUCGUGGGUCCUAUUAUAGGAACCAUGCUCAUAGAUAUUAAUGAGGAUAAUGACCCGGGGACAGGGAAGCAAAAAAAAGGAAAAUAUCAGCAAGCUUACUUGAAGGUUUGUAACACUUUCACAAUAUCGCUUCUAGCUAUUGACAUGACUGAAAUCUCCUUAUUUAAGUCUGCAAUCUACAUUCACUUGCUUGGGUUACGGGCAGCCACCUACUAUAAGACUGGGCAAUGGGACGCUCCCAUUUCAAAACCGAAGCAAAAGUGUAUGGAGAACAACUUUGUUAUCCAAUGCGCGGAGCCUACUAGUGAGCACAAUCGCGAGGUGUGCAACGUCCUUGCGACACACUUUACCUCCUUUCUCGAGGCAAAUAUUUGGAAGAAGGAGAUGAUAGGGCGGUCGGAUGGGCGUCUGUCUCUCCGCAUCCGAUCCAUCUGUGAGGAAUGUCUGAACUUACAAAUCUCUUUGCAAAAGUCUGUAAAGAGAGAAGGAAGCCAUGACUUGGAGGUUCAACAAUACGAUCUAGAAAGACGUUUGGCAAGAAGAGUUGCUAAAUCUCCUCUCACGCAACUUGUUAUUGAGGGGGGUGCAGACAUGUGCAGCAGCGAUGAGAGUGGCGACGACGACACCAGUAAAGGCAAGCAAAAGCAUGGGAAGUCUGACGGCACAGGGGCGCGAAGGACUCGCUAUGUGCUGGUCUCGGUCAAUUCUUUGCCCGCCUUCGGCUACAAGUCGUUGCAGUUGUUAAUCAACUUUCUGCCGACCACCUUCCAUCAAAUAUAUCGAGUCUCCCACAAUUCUGCGACAAUUCCGAUAAAAUUGCAGGGAUUGUUGAUCUUCGUCCAAUCGACAUCCCGACCCUGUGACCACGCGUUAACGGCCCAGCAACUACUCUUCCUACGAGUGGCGCCAACUUGCGCAGCUGCUCAACUGAGGGUUGCCGAAGUCCUUUCGGGGUGGCCCCGUGGGACAGCGACACCAACACCCCAGGCCGGACCAAGGCUAUCUUCCAUCAUGCGGACCAGCGUUGCCGCCGAACCUGCCGCAGAGACCCCCAAAGAAGAACUUUCGCACUCGAUUGAUGGUACCAGCAAAGCUGCUGUCGCAGACGCUACCGAAGCGAAUGGCAAAGUGAAGUGUCGAGCACCAGGCAAGUGGUUCUUGUUUGUUCCUUAA